GUGCUGAGUCCUGUCUCCUCCCAGCCAGAGGGGCCGGGAAACCCCAGCCAAGGAGGGGUGCGGCACCCUGCGGCACAGGCCAGAGAGCUGAAGCACACCCUGGCUUUGGAAUGAGGAAGGAGCUCCCCAAGGAGUGACAGGCCUGUGGUUGAGACCGUCUGAGGGACACCCAUCUCCAAGUCUGAGCUUAUUCCUCCAUGCUGGGAGCGAGAAAGGAGAACCGGCUUCUCACCUCUCUGUGUCUUGCCUGUCAACCUGGUUGGCUGGGUCUGGAAUCUGGGGCCAUCUUCCUUUUCCUUGUUUUCUUCUUGCCUCCUGCAGUUGAAAUAUAAGCUAAAGCUUGUUGGAGACCCAAGCAGGAGAGGGCACAGAAAGAUCAAAUCCCUUCUCUCUUCAACUCCGUCACUUAUUCCUGGACCCGGCAGAAUCGGAGACUGCACCAGAGAGCUCUGUUGGCCGUUGGGGAGAGUUGGGAAACGUGAGAUCUGCCUGCUGGGAGAUCUGCUUGGGGGCUCCAGGACGCUCACCAUGCUGCCUUAGCCCCAGUGACAGCUCCAAGCGUCCGCGCUCCAAGGUUAUGGCCCGUUCCUUCAGCUGGCACUGCUGCCCCUGGUGCCUGACGGAGGACGAGAAGACAGCCUUAAGGAUUGACCAAGAAAUCAAUAAGAUCCUCAUGGAACAGAAGAAGAGGGACCGAGGGGAGCUGAAGCUGCUGUUGUUGGGUACUGGGGAGAGUGGGAAAAGCACCUUCAUCAAACAGAUGCGGAUUAUUCAUGGGGCAGGCUACUCAGAGGAGGACCGCAAGGGCUUCACCUCCCUGGUUUAUCAGAACAUCUUCACCUCCAUGCAGUCAAUGAUUGAAGCCAUGGACACCCUUCACAUCCCUUACAGCUGCCCCGAGAACAGGCACCACGCUAGUCUGAUCAUGAGCACAGAUGCCUACAAAGUGACGACCUUCGAGAAGCCCCAAGCCCACGCCAUUCAGUGUUUGUGGAAAGAUGGCGGCAUCAGAACCUGCUACGAACGCCGCCGCGAGUUCCAUCUGCUGGACUCUGCUGUGUAUUACCUGUCCAACCUGGAGCGUAUCACGGCAGACAGCUACAUUCCUACAGCCCAGGACGUCCUGCGGAGCCGAAUGCCCACGACCGGCAUUAAUGAAUACUGCUUCUCGGUGCAGAAGACCAAUCUGAGCCUCCGGGGGGCAGACCAGGCUUUCGGGGCUGGGGAUUGUGGGGGGGCGGCCAAAUCCAAAAUGGAUCACGUUUCAGAAGCAUUGCCCUCUAAAGGCCCCGGAGUAGACCAGUGUCUGGAGGAGAACAACCAGGAGAACCGGAUGAAGGAGAGCCUGGCCCUGUUUGGCACUAUCCUGGAGCUGCCCUGGUUUAAGAACACUUCCGUCAUCCUUUUCCUUAACAAGACAGACAUCCUGGAGGAAAAGAUUCCUACCUCUCACCUGGCCACCUACUUCCCCAGCUUCCCUGGCCCCAAGCAGGAUGUAGAAGCAGCUAAACAGUUCAUCUUAGACUUGUACACCGGGAUGUACACCGGUUCUGGGGACAUCAAAGGCUCCACAAGGAAAAACUCACGCUCAAGGCGUCUUUUCAGCCAUUAUACCUGUGCCACGGACACCCACAACAUCCGCAAGGUCUUCAAGGAUGUCCGAGACUCUGUGCUUGCCCGCUACCUGGAUGAGAUCAAUCUGCUCUGACUCUGGCCUCUGUGGGCUAAGAGAGGGGGUCCCAAGGAUGGGGACAGCUCCCUUCUCUCCCUGGCUGCUCUUGGCUCCUCUGGUCAACCUCUUGCCUUGUGCUCUCUGGAACUGGUUCUAAGCCAAUCAUAAUUUGUCACCUUGGGGUUCCUAGAAGGGAAUGUGGGUGAUGGUUUAAAUGACCUUAGAAUAUCAAGACAGGCAAAGAGAGACCUUCAGAGUUAAAAAGACUCUUAGGACUCAGGAUGUCAGAGCUGGGAGGGCCCUUAGAACCCAGGAGGUCAGAGCUGGGUAGGCCCUUAGAAUCCAGGAUGUCAGGGCUGGGAGGGCCCUUUAUUACAGGGUAUGUCAGAGGUAGGAAGGCCCUUGGAACAUAGACUGUCAGAACUGGAAAUUUUCUCUUUUUACAUAUGAGAAAAUUGAAUCCAAAGAAAGAGAUUCAACCAUCAUUGCACAGCAAAUGAGUUGUAGAACCACACUGUUCUACGCCACUCCCCGAGUCAAUGUCUAUAGCUCUUUAGUAACUUUGGGCCUGAAGGAGGGUGGUCCAACCCUGAAAUGGUCUUUGCAGACCUGGUUAGUCCUGGACACCAUAGGGGACUUUUCCAGAUGUAUGCUGUACAUCCCAUAUGGGAUAUAGUCAGACUAGAGAUUGCUAAUGGGUAACUGGACUUUUAUUCUUGUUUCUAAAUUGGGUGAUAACCUCCUUUUAAGCCUCUCAUUCCUUCUACCCCAUUCUCUUCUGUCUAUUUAUUUGCUGAUCUCCUGAAAGUUCCAUGGAGAGAAGUUAUUAAAAGAUAUGUAUA